AUGUCUACAACACAUCAGCUACUGCUCGUCAUUCAGCUGGCGUUACUUUACCGCAACACGGCAGCGCAAAGCUGGGAUCGCGCGUACAUCAAAGACUUCAUUUUGCCAAUGAUGCCAUUCGUACAACCACAGGAAAUCGCUUGGUUUAUUAGCGAACAAUUGAGCAAGGCCAAAUACGUUGAUAUAGAGGAAUUUAUAGUGGAGUUCGACGCCGAACUCAAGCUGACGCAGACGGUGUUGACGCACCGCAACGACAAGCCGUUUAUCACAACGGAACUGAAGAAAACUAUAUUGUCUAUAGUUUUUACGAGCGGUCCCGACGAUAGCAUCAUGGACGCACACGAUUACGCGCUACGCAGUCGUCACAACACCUUCAGUUUUGUCAUUAUGCUGAAGAGCAUAACGGAUUUCGGCGUUGUAGUGCGAUUUUUGCAAGAUCUCCGUCGGCGUAAAUUUCAAAGCCCCAUGUUGUAUUAUGUCAGCGUUGAUGGACGUAAUCAAAUUUACGGUUAUACUGUAUUUCCGCGUUUUGAGAUUGUGGAUCGUACCAAUUACCUUGAUGAAUUAUCAGCCGAUUAUACGCGCUUCUUAGCGGGCGGUCUGGAUACUAUGGGUUAUCAAAUAUGUACGCCACUGCGACAGGAUUUACCAGGUGUAUUUCAUGCGCCAGACGCGUCCAGCAAAGUAUCUAGUUGGCAGGGUAGCUCCUUCAGUUUGCUCAAACUCUUUACGGACUAUAUUAAUGCGACAUUGGUGAGCUAUGAAAUGCCGAAAGAUCGUUUGGGUGGCAAUGUCAUCGACAUGAAGGCCGCCAUGGAUUUGUUACGUCACGAUGAGAUUACUUUUCUAGCGCAUGCCUAUGCCUUAUUCUAUGAAGACGACAUCAUUAGCUUGAGCUAUCCUAUUGGCGUGGUCCGUUGGUGUCUCAUGGUGCCAAUUUGGAAUAGUGUUACCACCAUAUUUUAUCCUUUGGAACCAUUCGAUGAGCUUACUUGGUUGUGUAUUGUUGUGGUUUUUGGUGCCUUGCUAUUGGUGCAAACCUUAUGUUGCCUACUGCAGGGCACACAUGAGUUGGCGACGCGUUUAAGUGAUGGCAUUUUGCGUAGUUUCUGCUUGAGUACGGGCAUAAGCGCACCCAGCUUGAUGGCGGCACCGAGCGCUUUGGAUUUUUUCAUAUUUACCACAUUUUUCUUCUACGGGUUCUUUCUCACCGCCAACUACACCUCAUUGUUGGGCAGCAUUUUGACGGUGACUUCGUUUCGCGCGCAAUUCAACACAAUGGAUGAUCUUAUAGUCGCUAAUCUUUCUGUGCUAAUAAUCGAUUAUGAAUUGGAGUUUCUGCAUUCCGGUGGUCUGGCGUUGCCUUCGAACUUCUCACGUCUCAUCCAACCGGUGGAUGUGGCAACAUUCAUAAAACAUCAAUACAGCUUCAACACGAACUACGCGUACUUUGUGACCGAGGAGAAGUGGCACUUUCUCGAUUUGCAGCAACAGUAUCUGAAGCCGGGCUUCUUCAAGUUCAGCAACAUUUGCUUUGGUACAUUUUUUCUUGCCUUUCCCAUGCAACGCGAUUCGCUCUUCUAUCGCAGUUUAGAGUACUAUACGUUUCGUAUGCAUUCUUCAGGCUUGAUGGAGCACUACGAGCGCACUGCCUUCGAUUAUGCGGUACAUGCAGGUCUCGUGAAGCGUUUCGCUCAAAACGCGGAGUACACUUCGGCUGGCAUGCAACAUUUGAUCGUCGUAUUUCUCAUGCUCCUAACAAUGUAUGCUGUGAGUUUGCUGGUUUUUUUGCUAGAGCGUUUAGGGCAUAGAGUCAGGGUGGGCAUAAUUCCACCAAAAAACGCUCUGCUCUCACGUUUGAGUACCGCAGAGUGUAUUAAAAAAUAG